GAAAUCAUAGCGCAGUCUUACGCAAACGCUUACGUAAAAAUACAACGAAUGCUGCGAGAUUUUUCUGAAAUGCACAAAAUCAUUAAAAGAAAAGCGGAUAUAAACAAAAUUGUUUGUAGGUAGUGUCAAGAUAGACGUAAUGAAAACCGCGUUUAAUCUUUCGGUGACGUCCUUUAUAUCUGCAAUUUCCUUUUGUCGUAUCACAAUUUUUUUGCAUAAAUAUUCAUUAUGAAUUUUAUUAUUUACAUUUUUAAGAUGUUGCUGUCGUCGAGCAGGUGUUUUUUGGCUGCCAAUGCAUUUUUUGCCAUGUUCGACUUGGUUUGCAGUCUAAGUUGCUUCGAAUGCACAUUAUCCCAAGAAGGCUGUGACAAUCCCACCCAAAACAAUAUUUCCAUAGUUGACUGUGAUCGAUCCGUCUUCACUAUAGUACUGGAUCCUGAUAAUAAACAAGCUAGGAUGCGCGGCAUCGAAGGUGACGAUGAUUUUCGAUGCCUGACAACGAUAGAAAAAAGAGGAACAGAUCGUUUCUACACGAGAAGAUGCGCCCUGAAAUCAGAAAGAUCUCUUUGCGAAAUGUCCUCUCGAGACAAUUACAAUCUAGAAUUCGAAAAAUGUUCAAUGUGCUCCAAAGACUUUUGUAAUUCAUCGUUUGUACAUAAAUGUGACUUUAUUUAUUUAUUGUUAGCUGUUAUUGUCGUUCUAAAAAUAAAUUAUUUAUAAGAAAUAAG